AUGGCCGACUCGCAACCUGCGCCAGCUUCUGAGCCAAAGAUUUCGUAUUCUGCGCCUAACCCCGAGAUAAAGGCAGAUGCCAAACCACUCAAACCCCCGAAUCCCAUGUGGAAGUAUAUGGGAUUCGGCGACAACUUUCGUCCCAAGCUGCCCUCUCGCAACUGGACUAUCUUCCUGACCAUCACGGGCUCCUUCACCGCAGCUGUCAUAUACGAUAAACGGGAAACCAAACGCGCCCAGCGCAAAUGGUGUAAGCUCGUCGAGCACAUUGCGAAAGAGCCGCUGGAUAGUAGAUCCAUGCCGAGGAAAUUGACGGUAUUUCUAGAAGGUCCGCCUACAGAUGGGCUGAGAGUCGCGCAGGACCAUUUCAAGGAGUAUGUCAAGCCGAUACUGGUUGCUUCAGGCUUGGACUGGGACUUUAUACAGGGCAGGAAGGAGGGGGACGUCAGGGCAGAGUUGGCGGAGCGGAUUCGCAAUUCGAGGCUACCACCCGAUCAAAGGACAGAUGAGGACGUGAUCUCAGACGCGAGAAAGAGGAACGGGAUCCAGGACUUCGAAGGCCCGCGAGGAGACAUCGUCAUUGGACGACACACGUGGAAAGAAUACAUACGAGGUCUGCACGAAGGGUGGCUAGGUCCUUUGACCGAGCCUCCCAAACCGCUCGAGGACGCCAUCCCCCAACCUUCCAAAGAGCAAGCAAAGGAAACAAUAACAAUGGAAACCGCCCCUGGCAUAACCCUCCUCUCUGAACCGCGAGACGCCGACGACACCCCUCCACCAGAAACCCCCGAGACGCUGCAAGCAGCCAACGAGAAACCAAAGAAACCACCCCAGCCCGCCCCCUUCAUCCUUGUCUCCUCCUAUCCCAACGCCCCCACGCCCCCAGACCUUCCCAGCGAAUUCGACCCCUCAAUACCCAUCUCCUUCCCGCACAUCCUUGGCUUCCUCAACACGCCGAAACGACUCUACCGCUUCCUGAACAGACGUGUACUGGCCGACUCCAUCGGCCGCGACACGGCCGCCAUCAUUCUGUCCACCUACCGACCAUUCCACAGCACAUCCAUUCCCUCCCCCGAGGCGUCGUCGCUCGCAGAAGACUCGGAAGAGACUGAUAGUGCGGCACCACCCCAGACGGCGGAACUGCAAGCUGCGCUCCGCGAAGAGGAAAAGGAAUGGCACAAAUCGGCCCGCGUGCGUGUUGCUGGCGAGCCCGAGCGCACGUGGCUUGAGCCCGUCGUGCUGGAUGCCCGGAUAGCGAGCCGGAUGCGGAAGCCCGAGUUGACGGCUGACGACGAGGCUAGGGCCGCCGGGAUCGUGGUGCCGGAGGUCGAGAUCGAGGGAUGGAUCAAGGGGGGUAUGAGGAGUCUUGGAAAGAAAGGGUUGAGGAUGGUGGGGUUGGGAGGGGAGGAGAAGAAGAUGAAGAAGGAGGCUUUUGAUUUAGGAGAGGAAGAGGUCUUGGAAUAG